UCAAGCAGCAAACGGAUGUGAAACGUGGAUUCGCUUUUAAAACUCAAAUAUGGAAAAGUGCCAACAAUUGUACGCUUUACUCCUUAUAAUUAUGCAAAUAUGCAUAGUAGUUCACAUUGGGAAGAAUUUGAAAACGCGCGUGCGUUCAGACUUAAAUGGAAGGAAGAACGUGAUCGCACUACUCCCUCAACUCCCCUAAGAACUCUUCCAAGCUCUUGUUUACAUUUAUCUGCUGGUUUUCAAGAAAUACAACCACAGAAUAAAUCGUCUAACUAUGUGCUUUGUGACGAUGCUGGUUGGGUGGUCAUUCAGCGACGAACCAAUGGAGAGGAAGACUUUAAUAAGAGCUGGCAGGAAUACGAGGAUGGAUUUGGUAACUCUCGAACUGACUUUUUCAUUGGAUUGAAGAAAUUGCAACUUUUCACCAGUUCAACACGUCAAGUGUUGCAUGUCACAUUAAAAUUUGAUUGGGGCUCAGUUGUGGCACAAUAUGAUGAUUUUGCGAUUGCCAACUCAACAUCGCACUACAAAUUGGAGUCUUUAGGAAAGUUUACCGGCAACGCAUGUGAUGCUUUAAGAUUGAAUGUCAAUCAGGAAUUCUCAACAUACGAUCAAAAUCGAUCUCCAUCUCAUCACAAUUGCGCCAGCAUUUUCCGGAGUGGUUGGUGGUAUCCAAACGAUUGUGGACUGAGCAAUCUCAAUGCUCCAUUCAAUGGUUUCAUACGCUGGGAAUACUUUGAUGUCAAGUCCGUAGUAACGAAGAUUCGUCCAUACCCAAAUGGACUUUAAAGAAUCUUAGCCUUUCGUCUUAAACAUUUAAUAUUCAUUUAUCGAAUUUGAAAAUAUUAUCAAUCAAAAUAAUUGCAUUGAUAUUGUAUUUUUCAACUAUAAAAAUUAUAAAG